AUGCAGUCAAUUAUCUACCUCUUUCUCACAGCUCUACUAUGUCUGUCAGCCAAUGGUUGUCUCCCAAGUUACCAUGCAGAGCAUCAAUCAGAUACCCUCCGCACUGAGACGCAACUGAAAUUACUUCGAGCCCGGAGCGAGAGUAUUCCACCAACGCCACCAACAAGCAAGAUAGCCCUUACCAAUGUCCGUGUCUUUGACGGCUGGGGCAUUAACGAACCUACCACCGUGGUUAUCGACGGGGACAGCAUUAGCUUCGAUUCCCACGGCGUACAAAAUACCAUCGAUGGGAAGGGGGGUGUGUUGCUCCCGGGGUUGAUCGAUAGCCAUAUUCACCUCAGCACGUUGGCUAGCCUCCAGACAUUGAGCAGUUACGGUGUUACGACUGCUAUGAACAUGGGCUGCUCGAAUUAUACGUUAUGCGCAGCCCUCCGCGACCAAGUCGGAUUGACAUCCUUUUUCACCGCUGGGGAAUCCGCUGUCGCACCCAACAGCACGCAUGCAGCGGUGUUUGGUACCAGAGGCUUCGUAUCUUCACCAUCUGACGCACCCGAGUUUGUGGCCAAUGUCUUUGGAAAUGGGUCGAAUUAUAUGAAGUUAAUUGCAGAGGGCAAUGGUUUCUCCCAGGAGACCCAUGAUGCGCUUGUUAAAGCGACACAUGCCUUGGGGGAGGUCUCUAUGACCCAUUGCCAGGAUUUCGCCUCGUAUGAAGUCGCAAUCCGCUCGAGGACCGAUGGUCUCCAGCAUGUGCCGUUUGAUAUUCCGAUCUCGGAAGAGAUGACACAACGCAUCAAACGACAGGGGCAAUAUGUGACCCCGACACUGAACAUCGGAAAGAUUGUCACCGAGAAUGCGAGCAUCGAAGCGAUCAUUUCUCCUGGAGUAAGCUUGACUUACGAAGCUGGAGUGGCCAGUGUACAACGGCUGAUGCGUGCGGGAGUUACCAUACUCGCCGGAACUGAUGCAAAUGACGAAGCUGCAAAAUUUCUCAAUGGUGAUCUAAUAGGGAUUACUCUACAUGAAGAGCUGCAAUAUCUGACAGAGGCGGGUAUGAGUGAGGUUGAUGUGCUCAGGGCUGCGACGGUUGUGCCCAGUAUAAUCCAUAAUUUGACAAGGCGAGGAUCUAUCAGAGAGGGGUAUCGUGCAGAUUUACUCUUACUUAAACCAGGUAGUAAUCCACUACAGAACAUUUCAGCGACAAUGGAUAUUGCGAGGGUCUGGGUCGGGGGUUUUGAACAUAUGCCAAAGGCGCAGAUGAAGUGA